AUGAUUAUCGAUGUGGAAAAAAGAAUAGUGUACUAUUCUAAUAAUGAUAGUAACCGCAGAUGGCUAUUCUGGCUAAUCAUAAUCCCAAUCUUGAUAGUGUUGUUGGCAUUUUGGUUUUGGUGGAAAAGAAGAAAAGGUAAGAAUCAGCCCAAAGUGGUUCCCAUGUACAACAAUGCCAACAAUGGGUAUUAUCGGUCGAAUGGGCCCAAUGGACCAGUUGGCCCACAUCCACUGCCUCCAAAUGGAGCUUACUAUAUGCCUCAAUAUGUCCCACCUAUGUAUCCACAACAAGGUUCCGGUGUGGAUGAUAGCCAUGUUCCUCCACCGUAUCCACCUCCAUCUUCAAAGUCACAGGGAUAUGCGUCAUCCUCAUCAAACAUUUAUACACCACAGCUACAAUCACCACCACCACCACAACAACAGCAGCAGCAGCUAAGCAAGGAAGCUGAAGCUACAGGUGGUGAAUAUUCUGCCCCCAAUGGCCCGCCUCCAGCUCAUACUAGAUAG